CGCCAAGACCUGUGAGUGGAAGCUGGCUCACUUCUCUUUUCAAACCAUGAUUGGAAGCUGGCUCACUUCUCUUUUCAAACCAUGAGUGGACGUUUUCUCAAGCCUUUUUCAAAAUCCGUUGCCUCAGUUGCUAGGCUUCAAGUUGUGAUCGGAAAACUAGUCAUAGUCACUCCUAAGAUGAUAGUAUGUUAGCAACAGCGCAUGCGUAGUCUUCGUACAGUAUCACAGCAGAUUCAGGGCCGCCAUGGCUGGAAAUGUAUUGGACAUUCUCAAGAGUUCGCUCCUCCAGGCCGUUCCCGCUGUGCUGGUGGCCGUGAGCGGCGGGAACGCGAGGGAGCAGCGGAUAGCACAGUGCAGGUACUAGUACAGUUGUUGGGGAAAAAAUCGUGUGGAAAUUAGAGGAUUGAGUAUCCUCUGGAGAAACUGGAAUGCCGCUUAAAACGCCGGCACACCGGCUGGAUUGGCGGCUAGGGUCCUCCGAGGAUAGUAAUAUCCGAGAAUAGCUAUUUUAGCCUGUCAUCAUCCUCGGAAUUGAAGGUAUUUUUUGGGAUUCUAAAAAGAAGCAUACAACUUUAGCGUCAUCAUCCUCGCGUUGCUUCCGCGGUGGAGGUCAACCGGUCUGACGUGUCACCUUCCCCCUUUUGUGGAGAUCAAACGGUCUGACGUGUCACCUUCCCCCUUUUGUGGAGAUCAAACGGUCUGACGUGUCACCUUCCCCCUUUUCUGGAGAUCAAACGGUCUGACGUGUCACCUUCCCCCUUUUCUGGAGAUCAAACGGUCUGACGUGUCACCUUCCCCUUUUUGUGGAGAUCGAACGGUCUGACGUGUCACCUCCCCCCUUUGCUCCCUUCCUUCCCUUUCGCUGCUGGCUUCAGCGCUGCGCUAUCCGAUGUGCUCGUUCUGCCGAAAUGCGAACUGUCAGGAAAGCGCGUGCAGUCGCUGGUCCACCCUUCCGACAGAGCCGCGUUUGAGGCAGCUGUGGGGGAGUGCGCGGCGGAUAGCAGUAGGCGGAAGCGGCAGGUCUGGGUGCGGCUGGCAGUGAGAGGGGCGGUCGAGGGGAGAACGGGGGGAGAAGGGGAAAGGGGAGGAGCGAGUGAGUGGCGGUGGUUUGAGGUGUCUGCGUCACUAGCCGCGCGUGGUGCGAGUGCUAAGGAUGGUAGAAGUAGCACCAGCAGAGCUUCAGGCACUAAGGAGGAUAGAAGCACUAGCACCAGCACCAGCACAGCUUCAGGUGCUAAGGACGCCGCUAGCAGCGUUGGGAGAGCAAAGAAUGCGCCAGGUGAAAGCGGUGGGGAUGAUCAGAGGAUGGUUCUCUGCACCUUCCUUGACGCCACGGAGCAGCGGCUGCGCCAGGUGCUCAUGCUGCAGCAGCUGAGGGAGUGCGCGCAGCUGGCCACGCCGUCACAUGCCGCACCGCCCCAACCAGGUUCAGACGGCGGUCAGAGUGCUCCCACUCAUGCCGUCUCUCCCCCUGCUGCCUCUCCGCCUGGCGCCUCUCCCCCUGGCACUGCUUCUGAACGGGGUGCCUCUGCCAGCAGUGCUGCUGCUGGUGCUGCUGGUGAUGCUGGUGCUGGUGGGGGUGCUGGUGCGGGUGCUGGUGGUGAUGCUGCUGGGCACGAUGCUGGUGGGCGCGAUGCUGGUGGGGGUGAUGGUGGGGAUGGCGGUGGGGAGGGCGACGAGCGCGUGUGUCUGUGGAGGGAGGCGGAGUGGCUGAUGGAGAGAGUGAAGGCAGCGCUGCAGCUGGGCCAUGAGAAUGCCAAGUUCCGAGCCAUCUUUGACCUCUCCAUUGUGAGUCAACGAGCCAUCUUUGACCUCUCCAUUGUGAGUCAACGAGCCAUCUUUGACCUCUCCAUUGUGAGUCAACGAGCCAUCUUUGACCUCUCCAUUGUGAGUCAACGAGCCAUCUUUGACCUCUCCAUUGUGAGUCAACGAGCCAUCUUUGACCUCUCCAUUGUGAGUCAACGAGCCAUCUUUGACCUCUCCAUUGUGAGUCAACGAGUCAUCUUUGACCUCCCCAUUGUGAGUCAACGAGCCAUCUUUGACCUCUCCAUUGUGAGUCAACGAGCCAUCUUUGACCUCUCCAUUGUGAGUCAACGAGCCAUCUUUGACCUCUCCAUUGUGAGUCAACGAGCCAUCUUUGACCUCUCCAUUGUGAGUCAACGAGCCAUCUUUGACCUCUCCAUCAUGUGAGUCAACGAGCCAUCUUUGACCUCUCCAUUGUGAGUCAACGAGCCAUCUUUGACCUCUCCAUUGUGAGUCAACGAGCCAUCUUUGACCUCUCCAUUGUGAGUCAACGAGCCAUCUUUGACCUCCCCAUUGUGAGUCAACGAGCCAUCUUUGACCUCUCCAUUGUGAGUCAACGAGCCAUCUUUGACCUCCCCAUUGUGAGUCAACGAGCCAUCUUUGACCUCUCCAUUGUGAGUCAACGAGCCAUCUUUGACCUCUCCAUUGUGAGUCAACGAGCCAUCUUUGACCUCCUAUAUGCGACUCCUUGUUUUCUGUCUCGAGCUGCAUGAAAAAACGGCCGGACUGGUC